AGGGAUGAACGAAAGAGAGAGAGAGUGUUUGAAAGGGGGAGGGAUAAGAAAGGUGAGAUUCUGGUCAGACUCAUUCUGCACAGUGAAAGAGAGCGAGAGGGAGGAACAAUCUAGGGGGGUCUUGUUUUGUGUAACUGCUAGUUCAGCACUGUUAGCUGCUUUAGCCGUCUCUGCUUUGAUGUGCUGAAGGGGUUUUGGCCAUGCUGUUUGCUUUGCCUCAGCUCGCUCUGUGUCUGUCUGUAGUGCUGUUAAAUGGUGUUUCAAUCCGGGCAAACACGCACACGGUUCUGGAUCCAGGGUUUCUUCAUUGUAAGGACAGCUUUUUCAGAGGCACACCUCCAGCAUCACUGUCUGAAGUGGGUUUGGAGCAGAGGUGUCACAGACAGCUGACCGGACGGCCUUUUGCAUCGCUCUUUAACACCGGCUGCCAGAGCACUGUCUAUACAGCUCUUCAUCUCAGCCCGGCUAAUGGAUGGGGCAGAGGAGAGCAGGAAACGGAUGAGCCGAUCAAUGAAGAUUCCCAUGUGGCCAUUCCAGCUCUCUACGCAGAAACUCCAUCUUCCUCGAGUUCUUCUCUUCUGAAAUGGGAUGCUGUGACAGCAGGUCUGAUACGAAGCUCAGUCAUGCCAACGUGUUCAAAGACAAGCGCGGAAAUGUACGUGCAGAUUGGUGUGGGAAGGUUAAAUGAAUGUGGGGGUGAAGUGUUAUGGUCAGCAGUUUGUUGUGCGGUUUCAGAUGGGGAGGGUAGUUUUAGUGUUGGGUUAGUUAAUGAUGGAGAAAUGAGGGUGGUGAGCAUUAAGGCGUUAGAGGAGUUGAUAGGAGUUACAGGCCUGUUUACAGGAGGCUGUGGAAAAGAAGAGGAUCAGAGAGACUUCAUGUCACUUAUUAAAGAGGAGAUGAAUAGCAUCGAAACACCCAGCUCUGAUGCGCAAAGUGAGAAUGCACAAAGUGAGAAUGCACAAAGUGAGAAUGCGCAAAGUGAAAAUGCUCCGGAAACAACAACAUCAGACUCAGACAAUGAGGAAGUGACAUCACAGCGUGUCGACAGUGAAGACCAAAGCUACACAUCCUCCUUGGAUUUAGAGAAGGACCUUCAGGAUAGCACCAAUGAGACCUCAGAGUCUGUUAUACUUAAAGUCUUGUCUACCACCAUCUCACUCCUUUACGCCCCUUUCUCUCCGAUCGUAAACAGAGUCAUUAACUUUCCCUCCCAGGUUGCAUACGUCCUACAGGAAGAUCUGGCAGUCCUCGCCUCGGUGCCUGGUGACAGCGUAACCUUGGUUAACAACCUGGGCUCAGGUGUGUCAUCUGGGGUUUCACGUGUUUUUAACACCUUAUAUGACACUGGGGAAGUAACUACAUGCACUCUCUACUCAUGUAUCAGUCCGCUGGUCAGCAGCCUGUUCCUGGCGGUCCAGGAGGGAUUUGUAGGCAUGGGCACACUGGUGUGGCAUGCCCUGGGUUUUCUGAUGGGCACAGUGAGCAUUGGUAUUAAGAUCUGCUGGAUGGUGCUUGGGUCAGUCUUGGAUCAGAUGGUAGACUACUUGUGUCUUGUAUCCUCAGAAAUGGGCAAGCAGGUGUCAACAGUGGGCUGUGGGAUAGGAAAACUAACCUGGGGGAGUGGAAAGGGUGUGGUCAACCUGCUCAGAAUAGUGAUGCAUAUUGUAUGGGGGGUGGCGGAGAAUACAAUAGAGAAUGUGCAAGAAGCUUUUGAAGAGAGCUGGGGGGGAUCAUCUAUAAUGGAGUCACCCGAAGUGCCACCACCUGUAGUGCCACCACCUGUAGAGCCACCCCCUGAAUAGAUUUGUAUGUGUGUAUGCUAAUGAUUAAUGUCUUUUUUUUGCAUAUUACACUGUAAAUAGUGUCUUGCAACAACACAUCAAAUAUGACUUUACAGCAUGUGAAUGCGGAUGAAACAAAUGUUACAUUUUGCCACAAAAAGACACCAUAAAAGACCAUUAUAUUUGACACUAAUCAUUUCUUUGUUUAAAGGCUAUGUUUUGGGCUGCAGUGUUAUGAUAUGGAAAUGAAGGUGCUUUUGGGGGAAUUGUAACAAAAGUAUUUCAAGGUGCUUCAAUGUUUGUGACAUCUUAAAAAAAGAUGAUGUAAUUGUUGUGUAAUGUCUGUCAUGUCAUAUAUGCAAACGCUAUGCUGUCUCAUUGUUUAUAAGAUGCAAUAAAAUGUCUGAGUUACA